AUCCGCAAUCACUCUUGAACUUUCGUUUAACGUUCACAAACACGUCAUUAUAAUAUCAUUUUUCUCAUCUGUAUUAACGGAUUAUAAACUUGCUAUUUUUGCAACACUUAGUCAAUGUUAUUGAGGAUAUACCUCUUGUAAAAUAGCACAAAUAAUAAUUUUUGGAUACACUUUGAAAGUAAUAAAAAUUUACGAUUUGGAAAUCGAAAGUAGCCAGGUAUACGUGAACUUAUAUUUAUUUGUAGUCUCUGUUGAAACACCAAAGUGAAUGGAUUCAACCGAAGAAACAACACAAAGCCUAGGACAGGAAUCAAUCAGCGACAUGACUGGCGAGUGUGUUGUGAUAAAGCAAUGUGAGGCUUGUUUACAGAUUAAUAUCUCAGUCGAGGCGACAUUGUUUUGUACAUCUUGUACUGAAUUCUUGUGUGACGGAUGCAAGCCUGGACACAUUCGUUAUACAAGAGGCAAACAUGAUUUUGAAAACGCUAAAGAUUCUCAGAUAAAAUCUAUCACUGUGGAUCUUAAAGGAAUGGACGCAUGCGAAGAACACAAAAAGAAAGUUAAGUUCUUCUGCAAAGAUCAUUCGUUGCUGUGCUGUAGUACAUGUGCAUUCAGUCACAGAAAAUGUGAAAACAUCAAUGAGUUAGUGAAUAUUUCGGGCGACAGCGGUCAGGAAUUGCAAAACCUGAAGGACAAACUUGCUAACGCAGCAGGUUAUGAACGUAGUAAGAUAGAAGAUUGCAAGCAAACGGUUAUUGCUCUAUAUGACAAGCUUUUCAGCUUUUCAGAUAAAUUACAUAAAACCAAAGUAGAAAUAAAUAAAAUAUUUGACGAAACCAUUGAACGUUUAAAUAUAGAAGCUAAAUGCACUGUUGGGAUUGAAGCCAAGCGUCUUGGUGAAAGACGGUCCGAGUCUGAAACUGUUCUUCAGAGUAUCGUCGAAGUGUUGCCUUUAUGUUCUGAUGUAAUUGAUAAUGGCACGCCGCAACAAGCGUUUAUUCUUAAAAGAUGCCUUGAGAAAAAAGUACAAGAAAUCGGCAAUCAUGUCAAAGAGCAACGCGUCAACCAUUUCUCGUUGGAUCUGUCUUUGGACGUAUCAACGGAAUUAACGAACUUUCUGCAAAAACGUAGCGACGCUGUGAACCUUAUUGUUAAGAAAUGCAUUCAGAUCAAAGAUGAGACCAGUGGUGUUUCCGAUGACAUUAACAGUGAUCAAACGAGCGCUUCCAUUGGUAGUUUGAUCAACACGGACCUUCACUCCAGUCCAGAAUUGGUGCAAGUUAACUCAAGUUCAGAUAAUUCAACAUCCCAGUCAAGACCAGUCACCCUGAAGCUACUCAUGUCCGUGGAAUUAUCAAAAACUGGCGAUCAUGAGAAAGAACCUUUCCUCAGUGGACUGGACUUCCUGCCGGACGGGAGACUGGUAGUCGUAGAUAUGAAGAACAAGAAAUGCAUGUUACUGACAGAGCGGCUUCAGAGACAAGGGACACCGUACACGUUCAAGUCACAUCCACGUUGCGUUGUAUGUUUGUCUCCGAGUGAAAUAGCAGUUACAUUAAAUGUUAACACCAUAUGUCUCCUGUCUAUUAAUGUUAAUAAUGUCAUCAGUUUGCACAAGGAAAUCACCACAUCAUCCAAUAUUUUCUCUAUAUGCUGUAAGUCGCCAACAAACAUGGUCGUUAGUACGUGCGAUGAACACCGUCAUGCUAGAAUAAUAUCAGUGGACGGUGUGGAAUCAGAUCUUGAUCUUGUGUUAUUUCCUUUGAAGACUUAUAAAUCUGAUCAGAGUAAGUGCACGUAUGUCCAGUCUAAGAACACGUUAGUACUGACUGAAAGGUUCGCUGACACAGUGUACAUGUACGACACCGUGAAGGGCACGUCUAGAGCAGUCACUGAUAGGAACAUACAGCAACCUCGUGGUGCUUGUGUAGGACCUGGUGACACAGUACUGGUGUGCAGUACGGCUAAUAACUCCAUCGUGCAUCUGAGUGUUGAUGUAGAGGUACUUGGUACAUACCCAGUGGAUAUGUGGUACCCGUACAGCAUAUGUGCGUCUGAGGAUGGCACUAGGCUGGCGGUGUCAAACAGCGCUGCAGGCGCCAAGAAACUUCAGUUGUACAUGAUAUCACCAGCCAUAAGUUAAAUUACUAGUAAGAUGUUAUCCUUGUGACCAUGCGUUCUAAACACCGAUUAAAUAUUUACGUGUGUUUGGGGGGUGAUGUGUAAUCAACACAGAAUAUUUUUCCGAAAUAUUAGGAUUGAAAAGUGUUUAAAAUGCUUUUUAUCGCUUAUGAUUUUCGAGCUGCUUAUAUAUUGUGAAUCAAUUAUUAUAUAACAUUAGUUUUAACCCUUUCCCACUCAGAGGCAAAGUGAAAAUGGCUAUGUGAAUACAGCAUAAAACCAGAACAGCAUGCGAGUAACUCGCAGUUUGUUCAGGUUUUAUGCUGUUUGCUGCUCUUCAGUAUCUAAGCGUUGAUUAUGUAGCCUUUAAAACUUGAAUUUAGUAAGAAAGGUCUUCAAUUAAAUGUAUCUUUCUAAGGGACUGCAAAUGCAUCAAAAUACGUAUCUAAGGGGUAAAGGGUUAAUACAUUAAAAAUGAACUUAAAAAAAUGUAUCUAGAGCAUUCUCUAAUGAGAACAUACAGCAACCUCGUGGUGCUUGUGUAGGACCUGGUGACACAGUACUGGUGUGCAGUACGGCUAAUAACUCCAUCGUGCAUCUGAGUGUUGAUGUAGAGGUACUGGUACAUACCCAGUGGAUAUGUAGUAUCCGUACAGCAUAUGUGUGUCUUAGGAUGGCACUAGGCUGGCGGUGUCAAACAGCGCUGCAGGCGCCACAAAACUUCAGUUGUACAAGAUAUCACCAGCCAUGAGUUAAAUUACUAGUAAGAUGUUAUCCUUGUGACCAUGCGUUCUAAACACCGAUUAAAUAUUUACGUGUGUGUGUGUGAGAGGGGGGGGGGGGGCAGAAUAUUUGUCCGAAAUAUUAUAAUUAUUUAUGUAUAUAUAUAUACAAGGACUUUUUUACUGUUAUUUAUAAGUAAGUGUGGUACAGAAAAAACCUAUAUUACAAUAGUUAUGUCUAUGUUUAUUUACUUUUACAACAAAAUACGCUAAGAUAUUCAGUCGAAUUAGACUUCUGCUUUUAAAACAAAAACAUCCAAUCUUUUCAUGUUUUAUGUUAAAAUAUAUCAUAUAUAAUUGGUAUGUUAAAAGGACGAACGAAUUGGUUUGCGAACAGAUAUGAUAUGCAUUAUAAUAAGUUAGUGUCAAGCAUUAUUUCUCGUUAAGAUUUUCGUUAUUCAAUGAUAAUUAGUUAAGUAAUCAUGACAUAUACUUGGCGAUGUAAUUUAAAUAUUAAUUUAUAGUCGAUACUCGUUCGUGCAAGAAACAGAAACAAGUCUAAAUGUGAGUGUAAGAUAUAAUCAUGAUACAUUUCGUGCAAUAUCGUCAAAAAAUAUGUAAGGGAAUAUCCGCCAGUCCAUUCCAUGUUUCCAAAUGACAAUUACAUAUUGCUAAAUGACAAUGGCAUUUUGCUUUAUUUUAUUUGUUACGAAAUUCCUUGCGUCUUUAUGCUUGUUUGUAUCAGUUAGUGAACUAUUGCUUGCAUACUUCGUUUUAAUCUUUGCUCGAUGUAUUCUUGCGAGUAAAUGACAAAUUAAGUAUUUCUGUUUAAAUGUUCAUGUGGCUAUCUUCUUGUUGCUGAACUAUUAUCAGUUCAAUACUUAGUCAAUAAUACUUUAUCUAAUCAAAUCGUACCUGGGUUAGUAAAAUCGUAUAUUAUUCAAAUUAUUAUUUUUAAUUGUUUUUUACAUGUUUAUCACCAAUACGGCAUAGAAAUUCAUGUAUAACUAAAAUAGAAAGCAAUGUGAGAAAAUAAGUUUGCACAGUAACCUCAUUUACGAACAUAA